GGAGGCCAACACAACCACCCGUGCUCAAGUUUGAGUUCUAAUAACAACAGUGCUCUUGCGCAUCCACCCUUCGAGACAACCGAGAGCGGCGGCGGCCAUGGCAGGGCGGUGGCCGGUGUUGAUGCCUUCCGGGCUCCUUGUGUGGAUCGUUUGCUGCACUUGGGCGGCGCAGCAGAGUGUGGCAGCCUCGUCUCCCUACGGCGCCAACAUGACGGACCUCAUGCAUCACGUGGAGUUCUUCGACGAGAACAAGGACGGCAUCAUUACCAUCACUGAGAGCGUUAAAGGUUUCAUCGCGAUCGGAUGCGACCCUGCCUUCGCCCUUACUGCGGCCACGUCGACCCAUGCUGCUUUCGGUCCUCUAACAACCCCUCCUGGAAAACUACCGAGCACAAACAUCCAUGUGUCCCACAUCAACGGAGCGGUCCAUGCAAGCGACACGGGCGCCUAUGAUAAGAAGGGGAACUUCGUCCCCAAGAAGUUCGAGAGGAUCUUCCAGAGGUUCGCUCGCACUGAGCCGGACGCCUUGUCGUGGCUGGAGGUAGAGACGAUGCUCACCGCCAACAGGGACCUUCUCAAGCCUUGGACAUGGCCCGCGGCGGAGCUGGAGUGGCAGCUGAUCCACUUCCUGGGCAAGGACAGGCACGGGUACCUCCACAAGGACACCCUGAGGGGCAUCUACGACGGGACCGUCUUCCCCAAGCUGCGCGACCACACCAUCGACCCUCACUCUGCUCACAGCGACGCAUAAUGACGGUCUGAUGGAUGGAUCAACAACUUGCUUCGGCAUCGCUGUUUCUUCAGAAUAUGAUGUGUGUUGUGUUUGGGUAAUAAUAAGAUACAUGUGGUAACGCGUCAGUGCACAGUAACCAGCUUAAUUAGCUACCACUCCCUUUUGCUCUAGACCAAGCUUUCCCACUCCUGCACGUAUCACCGUGUGAAAAAGAUUGAUGCGCUCGCUCUACCUGGAAUAAUAAAAACAGAAUGGUGUGUUUUUUUGAGAAUUUUA